ACCAGAUGGCAGCAGCUAUGCAGUAUACCGCGCCACCACCUCCCGCUCAUCGGCAGUUGGCCAAUCGAUGGGGCCAACCUCCAUUAACACCAGGAGCAUCUCAGCACAUGGCCUUACAGCACUGGGAAUCACCAGUGAGACAUAGUGUCAAUGAGCAGCCGGCACACAGCCCGAUUUACGCGAAAUACUCAACAUUUCCAUACACGCAACAUCUACAGCUGAGGGAUGUAAUCGGUCAGCAGAAUGCCAGACGUCAGGUCAUCGGUAAUAGAAGUGGAGAUGUUCUUCACUCUAACGAGCAGGUGGCUGCAAAUAGGGCACAGCAUUCCGUGAUGACAAGUACUAGUUCAAAAGACCCUCAAGAUGCGUAUGCGAUGCAGUUUCAACGGCAACAAAGUCUCCUGCCAAGAGUUGGCACCAGUUUAGCAAGUCCGGUCCAACAAGACAGGAAGCGAUCGAGGAAAACACGCGGUCAUCAGGCAACCGACCCGCAGGAGUACGUGUAGAUAACCCCUACACACUCAUUAGAAUGGGACAAAAAAAGUUCACAUGCAAACUUUUUAUCGAUAUUUCAUGUUGUAGUGACUAAUAUCACUUCUCUACAAACUGGUUAGGCAUGCACCUAGGUAAUUGUCUCCUGUUAGACCAUCGUUUCCUGUUAAUGUACUCCUAUAAUUAAAACAUAUAGUCACAGUUGACAUUUGCCUGAAGGUUUGUGUUCGUGUUCUACAGUAGUUUAUCUCCUUAUGCGAGAAUGAUCAUGUAUGUUGCUAGGUUUAUCAACAUCGUGAGCUGAUGCAUGAUACAGUAAAUGAUUUUAACGUCUGAUAAAUGUCUAAUGAAGUAUCUGAUAAUGUCUUUGGUACAAAAUAUACUGACAUAUAUACACGCAUACGCACACGCACACACGCAUAGCAACAAAAUCCAAUGCAUGAAAAUAUUAGUUUUAGUUUUUUAUUUACAGUUCAAUACAGUUUCACAAUUAAAAGUGUCGUAUAGUUUCACAUACAA